AGGUCUUUACUGAGAUUAUUGGACCGGGUCACUAUAAGCCAAACUCCAACGACCCUAUUUGGGAUCGUGUCCAUGAAGAGUUGAGCAAGUCUGGCACCACCAGUGCAUCUGAAUGGAAUGGUUGCGAGUCAUCUAUGACAUCUAUUCCUAGUAAUGAUAUGAAAAACCGCGUAGAUGUGGAUGCAACAGUGACACUAGCCACAGCCAAGGCCUAAGAAGUUGCGAUCUGCGACCCAGUCAUACAUGAUGAUAUCUUUUGUAGUGCGUGGAGUAUUAAUGUCUUUCAUAUGGCAGUGUGUAAUAAAUAAUUUUCCCUAUGGGAAGCUUUCCCCUGUAAAUUAGUAAGCAUGUUAUAAUUAUAAAUAAUGUUAUCAUCAUGUGCUGAAAUGACUGGUAACUAAAUGUAAUGUUUGUAUCAUAUGAAUUCAAUAAAGAAGAGAAGGUUUCCCCUUCUCAGUUGUGUGCCAAUCAUGCAAA